AUCAUUCGGAGUAUCUCCUUGAAUUAUUUCUUGCCAAUUGAGCGAUCAUUGUCUGGAGUGAACUUCAUUUGCCCGGCUAUUGGAAGACAUUGUACUUGGCUAAAUACAAACACUUGUGUCUACAGCCAUCGCGGCAGGUCCUGGUGUGACUGGGUUGUAAUUAUUUCACCCAAACAAUGGGACAAAGGAGUUUGUUAAAGUUUCACAUACUUUCUGAUAUUGGUGUGCAGCGCUUUGUACCGCCUGUGUGAUUUAGCGAUAAACACAAUACUUGCCUUUGAAGACUGUGUUGACAGUAUGAAAAACAGUAUUAAUCAUGCAAAGAUAAUCGUUGCAAGCACAGCGACGCCAUCUUGGUCAAAGUGUUCCAGGAGAGUUAGAGAUGACGUUUCUGAAAACAACCCGUGUACCUAAAAUGAUACGAUUUUUCUUCCGAGGAUGCACCGUUUCAGCAUGUAUUCAACAUCUUGUCAACAUGCGAAGCAUACUGUUAGUGUCGACAUUGUGAUUACGGUAUGCAGUAUUUGACGCCAUACAGGAUAUUCAAGAAAACCUGACUGUUUAUAACAGAAUCUCAACGCCUAGCUCUCAUCGUUUCACUUCACAUUCAAUUUGAGAUUGUCAUGGAUGGCGAUAAAAGCAGAAAACAUUUCCAUCCGAUGACGUCAGCGCGUUGUCCCCCUUUGGAUGGGAACACGGUUGAAAGUUGGUCCACGUCCCGGGACCUUGACCAAAUGAUAACCAAGCAAAGUGAAGUGUCGUCUGCUUACUUGCAAAGACUAGAAAGAGAUCGGAAUCGCCUUCAAGAAGUUCAAUUCAAAAGUAUGCAGAACAUUCCAUACGGCAUCAGAGAAAUGAUCAGCUCUCCUGAUACAAACCAGGGCGUGGCGAUCCGGAGAUGGGUAGCUCUUCCAAGAACCUCCCCACGUCAGACGAAGAAGACCCAUACCCCUCAGACUGACCCUAAAGGAGUUCACCCAGAAGCCACACCAAGACGUACACAACCAUCCCAUCGUGAAACUGUUGUGUCGACCCCUCGUAAUGGUCUUCGCCAUUCCGUGCCCAACACUGCCAGAGAUUCUGUCAACGAUGACGAAGUAUUUGGUGUCACCAACGUCCCCUUCAAAUGUCCUUCUUUGUCGAGUUCCAGGAAGAAGAACUGUUGCAUUCCUUCCCGACUGGACUCUCAGAUCGCUCUGAGGAAAGCUAUGAGGUCGCAGAUAGAGCAACAGAGGAGCUCUGCUCUAACAAACCAUGUCCAAUUUGUGACUUCAAAUACUCUGAAUGGGACCCGACUGACUCCACCAAAGGGCCUAGUGAGGCCAGGAAGGGUGAAUGAUACACACUCAUUUCAUAGACCGAUGGCAGAUGGAAACUUGGAACUGUUGGCAAUAUUGUCAGUGCAAGAACAUAACAUUCCUAUGGCCGUGGACGAGGAGUUGUCCUUGAAUGAUACAUAUGACUAAACAAAAUAGGGCCAAGUCACAGAAAGUCGACAAAUGCCUUUUUAUACGCUUUAAUGUAUUUCCACCUCGUUUUGAAAAACUCUUUGAGACUGACAUUACAUGAGAUGUUACAACAGGACAAUUUCUUCACGAGUUGACAACAGGAUGAUAUCAAUAUACAGUGAUAGUUU